CCAGAGGCGGCAGAGACGCACCGAAACACACGAGAGAGCGCGCUUCUGUUCUGUCCGCGUAGCCUACAGCAGGUGACUGGCUGGGCAUUCAGAGAUAGACAUAAGAUUUGAGCUGAAUCUGAGCCAAGCCAGUGUCUCCAUGAGACUGAGGCAGUGGGCUACUCCAAUAACAGUGAUAAGCAAACUCGGAGAGCCAAUCAGAAAGAUUCUAGCAACAUGAAGACCAACCGGAGGUGGAAAACCGAGGAGGGUAUAGAAGGACUAUAACUGCUUGGGUACCCUGUCAACUUGUACCCCUCUAUAUCCCCUUCAGUUCCCUCUAGCCCCCAUCACCUUCAGUCUCUACCCUCACAGUUAACAACCUCAAACAGACCCCAAACCGUCCUUCCGACAUGACCAAUAACAGCAGCUCCCCUGGCACCUGGGAGAACCCUGAUUGGUCCCAGUGCCCACCUUCGGUGGGCGGGGCCACAUUCCUCAUUGUGGCUUACAGCACGGUGAUCGCGGUGGGGUUGCUAGGCAACGUGGGCCUGGUGUUUAUCAUUGGCCGGCAGAAGGAGCUGCGUAACGUCACGAACAUUCUGAUCGCCAACCUGUCGUGCUCGGACAUCCUGAUGUGUGUGGUGUGUCUGCCAGUCACCGUGAUCUACACUCUGAUGGACCGUUGGGUUCUUGGGGAGGCACUUUGCAAGGUCACUCCGUUCGUACAGUGUACGUCAGUGACCGUGUCUAUAUUCUCCCUGGUGUUGAUUGCAUUGGAGCGCCAUCAGCUGAUCUUGCACCCGACUGGCUGGUCGCCAGCAGCCGGUCACUCCUACCUGGCCGUAGGUCUCACGUGGUUGGUCGCUUGCUUCAUUUCCCUCCCCUUCCUGUCCUACAACAUCACAACAUACCCCUUCCAGAAUCUCACCCUGCCCGCGAAUCCUUUCAGAGACCAUGUGAUCUGCAUGGAGAAAUGGCCGUCAGAAAGACACCGCCUGGCCUACACAACCUCCCUGCUUUUGUUCCAGUAUUGCCUCCCUCUACUGCUGGUGCUGCUCUGCUACCUCCGCAUCUUCCUACGGUUACGUCGACGCAGGGAUGUGGUGGAGCGGAGCCGCAAGGCCAGAGGAGCGCAGAGGAUCAAUGCAAUGCUGGCAGCCAUUGUAGCCGCCUUCGCCCUCUGCUGGCUGCCGCUUAAUGUGUUCAACACAAUAUUCGACUGGCACCACCAGGUCCUGCCCGCGUGCCAGCACGAUGCUGUGUUCUCAGCCUGCCACCUCACCGCGAUGGCCUCCACCUGCGUCAAUCCGGUGGUGUACGGCUUCCUGAACAGUAACUUCCAGAGGGAGUUAAAGACCCAGCUCCAGCGCUGCCACUGUGGCUUGGGGGCACCAGAGAGCUAUGAGAGUUUCCCGCUAUCCACCGUCGGCAGUGAGGGGAUCACCAAGAUGUCAACUUUGAACCGGGCGGGGUCGAUGAGCGCUGUACCCCCUCCACGGGCAGAGCCCAGUGUUAGCAUAUGUAGCUAACAGCUUGCCUACAGUACUAAUGGCUAAAGCUAAUGGUUGAGAGCUACUUGACAUUACAUAUUAUGUAUAGCUUUCGGACAGCACAUAAACAAAAAGGAUAAAGUUCAUAACAAGCAAUUAAAUAACAGACAGAAAACCCUAAUGGACAUUGUUUGCAGAGAAAAGCAAAUGCUAAUGGACAGACAGGAUAGGCAGAGUUGGUGGGCUCUAGUCUCCAUGAUGAUCGGUCGAUUUCUGAAUUCCUACAAAGCAUUGCAGAAUGAGCAGAGUAUACAGAACUAAUGAAUGCACUUAGCUAAAAGCAAACAAACAGAUCCAUACAGCUUAUCGACGGAGCAGCAUGGACAGAGCGCUACAAGCAGCUUCGCCAGGUAGCAAACAGCUGGACAGACAGAAAGACUGACAGACGCAGGGACGCGUGGGUUCUGUUUCCAUGGUGACUGUGUAUUUCUAAGCCAAUACAGUUUGACCCAGAGGAACUGCCGUCACCAGAGUUUGGCGUCAUCCUUGGGUGUUAAGCUUCUUUCCCGCCAGUCGGAACAGAUAGACAGUCAGUGAGAUAGACAGUGUAUCAGACAGACAAUUCUGAAAUUAAGGGUGUCUUGAGCUGAUAAGACAGCGGUGUUUGUAACGUGAGAAUAAACCCAUUGACACCCACAGUCUUCCCUCCCAGUCUGGUGAUGUGUGACAACUGUAGGACAAUGUGUAAGCUGCUUAGCAAUCAGCAAGGUCAGACUAAGAAAGAGAGACAGACAGGAAAACGGAGGCGGAGAGGGAGAGGGGAAUAAUGGACCCAUGCGGUGGCGGUGCUUCCUGUAGUGCUGUGCGUCCAACAGCGAGCCAGUGGGUAGCGGGUGACUGACAGCUGUGUCUGGCAGGGAGGCUGCAGGCUGGCUGAGAGGGAGGUCCUGGUGCUGCUGAUGCACUGCAGAAAGACCACACACACAGCUGGAUGGAUGACUGGCUGGCUGGUUUACCGGCGGAAUGUCUGGCUGACUGACUGGCUGGCUGGUUUACUCGCUGCUCGCUGUAUGUCUGGCCGAUUGACUGUCUGGCUGGUUUACUUGCGGAAGUUUUCGCUGACUGACUGUCUGGCUGGUAUAUUGGGUUUAUGUCUGGUUGACGUGACUGUCUAGCUGGUUUACUGCUUUUGUCUGGCUGACUGACUGUCUGGCUGUAUGUCUGGCUGAUUGACUGUCUUGCUGGUAUACUGGCUGGUGGACUGUCUGGCUGGUCUCCUGGCUUUAUGUCUGGCUGACUGACUGUCUGGAAACUGGCUGGUGUUUGUCUUGGAAGGCUGGCCACUGUAUAUCUUUGUAAUGAAUCCACAUCAACUUUACGAUUGUACAAAACGGAAGGAAAAUCUGUUUAAAUAUACAUUCCAUGAUUUUUAUAUUUUCGACAAAAAGGUUAAAAAGAUCUACUAGUUUUAUAAAGCAAAAAAAACAAACAUUCAGUGUGAUUCCUGAAGCAGAUGUUUUUCUUCUCUAUCUUGUGUUUCAUUUGUGGUGAGACUGCAAAAACUCUGACAUCCAGCUUGAUAUUGUACAUCUGCAAUUCAUUUUAUUAUUGACUGUUUUUGUUGUUGUUUUAAGUUGGCUCUAAGUUUUAAUGAUCCAACCAUAUCCUUCAUGUAUGAAAUGUAUGAAAUGUUGAAUUACCAAAUUUACUGUGGCGUUCGUGUGUCUGUGUGUAUACAUAUGUUACUAUUCUUCACAGUGUAGUAACCCAGUAACCCAUGGGAAAUUAGGGAAGGUGACGACCUUUAGGUAUUUCUCACUUUAAUAAAGGUUUUUGGGGUUAUAUAAGGGUUAGUUUUGGGGUGUGGGAUUAGGAAAAAUUGGAUUUAAAUAGGUUAAAGUUAGUGUUAGGGUAACAGGGUACGUUUUGUAACCUCUACUGUCCUAGUGUGAACCAGAAAUCUUUGAGGGAUAGUAAAACAAGGAAAGUUUGACCUUGUGGAGACAUUUUCCCAAUCCCCAUGAGGAAAAUACAUCUCAUUUUGUCUGAAGAGUUAGGGGAAGGUGUUACAGAAAAUAUUAUAUACUAUCCACAAGGAUAGUAAAACAUUGAUACCAGGCUGCAAAUAAGCAUCUGUAAAUCCCAGGCUGUAAAUCCUAGGCUGCAAAUACCAGACAGUAAAUACCAGGCAGUAAAUACCAGGCAGUCAUACAAUCCCUGCUGUUUACUCUCAAUCUGUAGUGAGGAUCUUCUGGAACAUUCCAAAUUGUUUUAGCCAUCUGAAAUUGAAGAGGCUCAAGACUUUCUUAACUACUUUGUUAGUGUAGUUGGACCAUUUCAGGAAAGGAAGGUAAAGGUUUUGACCCUUUCUACAGUGACCUCCAUUGAGCAAACGUCCCGUCUGCUAAUUUGUUGUGACAGACAUAUGAACGUAGCAACUAUCACAUUGGCCCCUUCUCAUUGUCACCUGCCCCCAGGAAGUUACCCUAAGAGGUGAUGUGAUUUCUUAAAUGGAACCCGGGAACAGUUAUUCAGUUUCUGCUAUUUAAAAUUGGGUUAUUAAUAAUUCUUAACGUUUGAUCUUGGUCUACAUCUGGUCAUUUCAGAAUCACACAGUUGUUGAUGAUUUUGGUGUAUUGGACAGAUUCUGGCAAUAGAACAGAUGGGAGUAUGAUGGUUAAAAUUGUUCACUAAUCAGACCUUCCAAUAUAGAGAAGUUUGAUUAGAUCUCCUUUACAUGCAAUUGUUAGAUGAUGAAAUUGUCUGAUCACUGAAGUUUUUUCAUUCUCUAAAAUAAACAAGGAAGAGACAGCUGUCAGGGGACAGGUCACCAAAAUUAGGACUGACUCCAAACAAUUUGUGCCAUUUCAAUGUUUUAAUGGUAGAAAAUAAAUUCUGAUAUCCAUUUGCUGUAAAAAAAAAAA